UAUCAAAGAAAUAAAACAAAGAAGGAAUGCUAUAAAACUCCAACUCCCACCCACCCUUCGCCUCACUCUUGCAUGUAUUGUUGCUACUAGAAUCUUCUUCAUUCUCGUUCUCACUCUCUAUCUACAACAGGGGUGCUCUGAGAUCACACACAACAAUGGUGAAGGCUGUCGCAGUGCUCAGCAGCAGUGAAGGUGUUAGCGGGACCAUCUACUUCACCCAGGAAGGAGAUGGCCCAACAACUGUGACUGGAAACCUCUCUGGGCUUAAGCCUGGUCUCCAUGGCUUUCAUGUCCAUGCCCUUGGUGACACCACCAAUGGCUGCAUGUCAACUGGACCUCACUUCAAUCCAGCUGGCAAAGAGCAUGGUGCUCCUGAUGAUGAGGUUCGCCAUGCUGGUGACCUUGGCAAUGUCACAGUUGGAGAAGACGGUACUGCUUCUUUCACCAUUGUGGACAAUCUGAUACCACUCUCAGGCCCAAAUUCAAUAGAUCCUGAUGAUCUUGGAAGGGGUGGACAUGAACUAAGCAAAACCACUGGAAAUGCUGGUGGAAGAAUUGCUUGCGGUAUCAUUGGUCUUCAGGGCUGAAUACACCUGUUGGUGCACUCUCUUCUGUAAUAGCCUUUUCCUCUUUCUAUUCACGAGAACACUGUUAUCAUUUGCUACCUUGAGGGUUCUUAAUAAGGGCAUGUUGGAGCGGACAACGGGUGUUUCCGUGUGUAAUUUUAACGUUUAACACUAUCUUUUUAAAUCCAAUGGUGUACUCAGAUGUCUUUUGUUGUUCUGUGAUUGAGCUCCAACGCGGUUGAAGUAAAUGUGUUUCAUGUGAAA